UAUAAUACCAUCCAAUUCAUCCGAUGGUCUUACAGGCCCGCAAAAUGUGAGCAUAAAAUAAGAACGACCGAUCUUUACAACUUAGGUACAGGUCAAUUUCAUUCUGCUGUCAUAAAUUGAGCCUUUGGAUUUACCUAAUGCCUCCAAGAUGUGGUGGCUCUUAUCAAAAGACGUAUUCCAAGCUUGGAUGUUCGAGCUUAACCUCUUAGCAUUGCAGGCCCUCGUCCCCUAUAACAAUAGAAAUAACAGCAGCCCGAUCCGACAUAUUAGAACACUCACAGCAGUUUAUUUCAAUGCCGUGUAUAUUCACAUCCUCAAGAAACAAGCUGUACAACAUGCUUCAGACCCCGAAACGAACGGGCCCGUAUGGCGUACCAUAUACGCUUGCCUCUUCAGUAUGUUUGUAUGUGCCUUUAGGACUACAUAUAACCACUUCACUCAGACGACUGCUUCUUUGAAGCCAUCGCAUGUCGACUUGUUGAACUGCCAUAUUAAAACUGAAACCCGCCAAUUGGUUCCCGUUUACAGGGUAUCAUAUCCGGCUUUUCGAUUUCUCGAUACUUUAGGCCGUUCUUUUCAAGAAAUACUACAUCCACCUGCUCCAUCAAGACCUCCACCUUUGGUUCAAGACGGAAGAAUCAAUAUAUCUGGCUCCUUUGGACGGUCCAUACUGGGCCCUAUAUUACGCUUUCCUUCAGCUUUUCCAGCUGUAUCUAAAUUUAUCCGGGCCAACAACGUGGGCAUUGUGAACGUCCUGCUCUUCGUACAUCAGAAUUUCUUCAAUAAAAACACAAACGAAUAUCUAUUUCUAGUUCUGAUACAUCUUACUUUUCGUUUUCAGGAUGUAGGUCCCGAAUUCCUCUGGUCUCUUAUUUAUCACGAUGCAUUAGAAGUGGACGGUACGUACUACGAAGUGCGAUCUACAACUCUGUUCUCUCCUAGACUUGAAGUUCGAAUAAAGCCUAUAAAGGGGUCGUCAAUAGAGAAAUAUAAGCGAGAUCGUCAAGAAUUAGGUUAUACAUUCUACAAUCAGGAUGAGAUUGAAGCUAAGGCGCGCCAUCUGGCCAGAAUCGUACCCAAUUACGACCACCUAACCUACAAUUGUCAGGCAUUUGUGCAGAACUUAUUCCGUCGUAUCGUGGCCCAUGAGCUACCACCCAGGGGCAAGAAACGCCCUCGGCAGAGGACAUUGCAUGGCUAUCACAACCAACGGGGUAAUAUCCUACUCCUCCUGGCUAUAUACGCGAGACACUUCCUACCUUCUUUAAAGUAUAUUCUCUGGCUUCCGUGGCUCAACUACUGGUACGAAUUCAUCAUCUUCGCGACCUGCUCCUGGCACGGGAAGCCUGCCAGCAACAGAGUCGCGCUCUUUCAACUCUUGGCUUCUUUCGCAUUCAUGUACGUAUUUGACUGGCAUACGAUCCCAGAUCAUGCGAGCAAGAUCUUUCCACACUACGACCCAAAGAUCGUGGCUGGCAAGACAGACGCGAAUCUGCUAUUCUCGUGGUUUGGAUGGAUGUCGAGUCUGGACCUUUACCUCGGAAUCUUAGCAAUGCCCAUUGCCUGCGUCAACGUUCUCGUCAAACUUUACUUUUACGACCAGCAUUGCGAUAAUGGACUUCCGAGGAUCAUGAGUACUCCUUGGCAUGACGGAUUUGGCUUUGAAGGGAUGGAAAUCGAGGUUGAGCAUUUUGCGUCAGACAAGCCCGUCAAAGGCUACUAUAUUACACCACCGGGCCUUAUACCAAAGCUCGACCAUGCGCAAAUAGAAGCCGCUGCCAAAGGUACGGGCUUUGACAAAAGCGCAGCUGCGAGGAUUCAUAAGGGAUUCCACAAAUUGGCGGAGAUAUAUAUUGGAGUUUGAACACAUCGACAACGUAAUGAAGCACAAUGCCCUGAGUUUGCGAAGGGUUAUUGUCACCAACUUGUUCUAAGUACCUAGAAUACGCAAGCCUAUCCUUGGCUCACGCCUAACUACGAGGAGAUCAUGAUCGGCCUGACAACAAAUUGGGAUAAGGUAGUGCUAGGCUCUGACCGACCGUUAAUAGUUCCUGAUAUCAUCGAGAAUAAAGAACGAA